AUGACAAGCAAAGCUCCAAUGAACGUGCAGUCAUUCCCUCGCCCGCCGCUUCUGGAGCGCACAUCCAGGCAUCUGCAGAUCAAAUAUAAAGGAGAGCUCAUCGCGGACACUACCGAGGCGUACUGGGUGCUGGAGACUCACCACCCCCCGACAUACUAUCUGCCGCCGUCGUCUGUGAAGGUGCCGCUCGCCAAGACCGGACGCAAGACGUGGUGCGAGUGGAAGGGCAUGGCGACGUACUUUUCCCUGCGCCUCGACGGGCUGGAAGACGUGGGCAAUCGCAUAUGGACUUACGAGGCGCCGACGGCCGGUUUCGAGCCGAUCCGAGGCUUCCUCUCCUUCUACGCCGGGCCCUGGGACUGCUUCGUCGACGGCGAGCAGGUCGUGCCGCAGCCGGGCGACUUUUACGGCGGCUGGGUGACGGCGGAGCUGCAGGGCAUCGUUAAGGGACGUACCGGGAACUUGGAUCCAGUUGUUUGA